CCAGUCAACCAUACGUUGCCUUUCCUUCUCAGUGUGGAAUCAUCAAUGUCACUGUGCAACACUGUGUAGACCAGAGAUGGUGGCCCUGAUGUGCCCCUGAUUGGUGCCAGCACCCUCUUGCCAUCACACAUGCAUCCACUGCCAGUCCGUAUUGAUGCUCUGACCCCUGUGGGGACAGGAAGGCAUGCUUUUCCUAUGAAAGAGUGGCUUCCACUGGUCCAGAGGCCUCCUUGGGAGAGCCACCUGCUGACCACCUACACUUUGACCCAGAAGCCCAGUUACAUUGGAGGAAGCAGAGUGUAACCUUCAAGUCUCAGUGGCAGGUUCAUUCGGCCUCCUACCGACACAAGGUGCUGACCCCAGAGACCUGCCAUGAAACCACACUUGAAGCAAUGGAGACAACGAAUGCUUUGCGGGAUCUUCGCCUGGGGGCUCCUCUUCGUGGUGAUUUUCAUUUACUUCACCGACAGCAACCCAGCUGAGCCUGCGCCCAGCUCCUUCUCCUUCCUGGAGACCAGGAGGCUCCUGCCCAUGCAGGGGAAGCAGAGAGCCAUCAUGGGUGCCAUGCAGGAGCCCUCCUUGCCUGAGAGCGUGGGUGCAAACAAGCGGCUGCUGGGCGGACGCCCGUCUGUCCCCUUCCGCGCUGGUCCAGGCGACCUGCCGCAAUGGACCCAGGUGCAGGCUGGGUUUGAAAAUGACGAAGAGUUCUUUUCAUCCCAGAUCGGGAGAAAAUCGCAAAGGGCUUUCUACCCGGAGGACGACGACUACUUCUUUGCAGCCGGGCAGCCAGGGUUGCACAGCCACACUCUGGGCACGCCGGGGGCCCUCUCCCCCGGGGACCCAGGCCGGCGGGAGGGUGCUGCACCGGCUCGCCUGGCUCAGAGAAGGCGGUCGAGGAAGCGGCAACGGAAACCCGGCGGGAGCCCGGCGCUGGAGGACGGCGACGACGGGGACAGGCUAUACUCGUCCAUGUCCAGGGCCUUCCUCCACCGGCUCUGGAAGGGAAACGUCUCGUCCAAGAUGCUCAACCCGCGGCUGCAGAAGGCCAUGCAGGACUACCUGAGCGCCAACAAGCACGGCGUGCGCUUCCGCGGGCGGCGGGCGGCCGGGCUGAGCCGCGCCGAGCUGCUGUGUGCGCUGCGGAGCCGGGUGCGGGUGCGCACGCUGGACGGCAAGGAGGCGCCCUUCUCCGCGCUCGGUUGGCAGAAGCUGGUCCCCGCCGUGCCGCUGAGCCAGCUGCACCCGCGCGGCCUGCGGAGCUGCGCCGUGGUCAUGUCUGCCGGCGCCAUCCUCAACUCCUCCCUGGGCGAGGAGAUAGAUUCUCAUGAUGCAGUUUUGAGAUUUAACUCGGCACCUACACGUGGCUAUGAGAAAGAUGUUGGAAAUAAAACCACCGUGCGCAUCAUUAAUUCCCAGAUUCUGACCAACCCCAAUCAUCACUUCAUUGACAGUUCAUUGUAUAAAAACGUCAUUUUGGUGGCCUGGGACCCUGCUCCUUACUCUGCAAAUCUUAACCUGUGGUACAAGAAGCCAGAUUACAACCUGUUCACUCCAUAUGUUCAGCACCGGCAGAGAAACCCAAAUCAGCCAUUUUACAUUCUUCAUCCUAAAUUUAUAUGGCAGCUUUGGGACAUUAUCCAGGAGAACACCAAGGAGAAGAUUCAGCCCAACCCACCAUCUUCUGGCUUCAUUGGAAUCCUCAUCAUGAUGUCCAUGUGCAGCGAAGUGCACGUGUAUGAAUACAUCCCGUCCAUCCGGCAGACGGAGCUGUGCCACUACCACGAGCUGUACUACGACGCGGCCUGCACGCUCGGCGCGUACCACCCGCUGCUCUACGAGAAGCUGCUGGUGCAGCGGCUGAACACGGGCGCCCAGGGGGACCUGCACCGCAAGGGGAAGGUGGUCCUGCCGGGGCUCCGGGCGGUGCGCUGCCCUGCGCCCAGGCGCGUCGGUCCGCACUCUUGAAGAGGGGCUCUUGAGAGCCCAUGUGCAAUAAGGUACUACUGUCGUACUCUGAGUCCCAGAAGAAUACUUGAAGAUAUAUUUUAGGCAAUGUAGUCUUCAGUCUUUAGACUGUAAUUUAGUGGUGGCCGCAAGAAUUCCUCUUUUUCUAAGCCAUUGAGUAUUUAUUACUACUUUGAAUACAGAAAUGGAGUUUAAAAUGAAAAAGCUCAAGAAAGAUGCAAAAAAAAAAAAAAAAGAAAAGAAAAGAAAAAAGCAAAUGUGUGACGAAUGGGUACUAUACCUCCAGAAAUGUUAGCCUUUUCUUAUGCCGUGGGCACCCCUUAUCAGGGUUGGUUUCAGCUACAGGUUUCUUUCCAUGAUAUACCUGAUACUAUGAAAUGGUUUAUACACCCUUGUCAAGGUACGGUAUCUAUAGCACCUAAUGUGUCCCUUGUACAUUCAUUCGUUAUUAAAUACCCUAGAGAUUAUGACGACCAUCUGAAUUAUCACUCAGAUGUGUUUAACAGCAGAAUCCCCAGUAUAUGUUGAGAGGUGCACAUGUUCCCCAACUGUUGCAUAUUCCCCAGCUCCAUUUCCCAUUGCCCACUGAAUUUUUGCUUUGUUUCUAAAACCAUAAAGCAUCCAUCUCAAGCAGUCCAAGAAAAAGCCACUCCUGGAAUAGCACUGCAAAGGAGACACUUUGUUUUCCUGCAGUAUUUUCUUACUCUGGCAAGUAGACACAGAAUCACUGGGCUGGCUGCAGGGUGGCCCGGGACCAGGAUGUUCCCAGCUCCAGCCUUUGCGCACUGUACCUCCUUGGCUGCCAGUUCUCACAGCCCUUACGCUGUUACACUCAAGACACUUGUGACCCCCUUGUCCGUGAGGAAGGGCUCCUUCCAAUCUAGAAGGAGAAUUUCGGAGCCUUCAUUCUGUGCUUCUGGGGAUGCACACCUGUCUCUUUCAUGGGGAUUUCUUUCAGGUCAAUAUCAGCUGCUGGAAACCUAGCAGUGAUGUUCUGGAUUUUCACUAAUUCUCCCCUACAGACAGACAGUGAGGAACCCUGCCCCUGUUUUCACAGAUAUAUUUUAUCUCAGCAACACACAAGCCACAUAAUUAAGUAAACUUGUGUGAAAAGGUUGCUCUUUAACAAGAAGGAAAAUACCUACAUGCUUGAGAGGCAACAGCUCAUAGAGGGGAGGAAGGUGUCACCCCAGUGCAUUAACUGUAUUCGGUUCUGUUUUCUUUUGGUUUUAAUCUCAGCUUUUGUCACUGAUACAUUGAAAAACAGGUUUUUUUUGCUAUGAAUGUAGUGAAACAGAAACAUUUUGGAAUACCUUAAUUAAACAUGCUAUCUCUCUAUAUAACCGAAACAUUUUUCAGCAGUACACAUAAGACUUCUUUUCAUUAAAAAUCUGUUCUCCCUUGCAAGUGUGUAGAUGUCAAGAGAGUUUUGUGGGAAAGUUUUUUUUUUUUCUUUUUUCUUUUUUGUUCCAGGAUUGGUUUUUUCCUGAGUGCUUUCAAAACUACUUUCUUGAGCAAGAAUGGUUUAUAGAAAUUGACAGCUUCUGUUUGGUUAGGCUAACUCCCCAGAAAUCAGGUUAGGUAAUAGACAUUUCCUAUGGCUUAUUAUGAUAGUGAAGUGUAGGAAUAACUGAAAAGUUUUAAUCAUGACAGUAUCCACUAAAAGCCUAUUUUUAGAACUUUCUUUCUUGAACUAUGAAAAUAGAUUCAUAAUUUUAUCCUACACAUUAGCUUAUGUGUGAGCAGACAUGGUCAAGCCACUUUUCUCUCUGGUUUCCUAAAAGAGCUUAGUUUUGUCCCCAUGUGGAAUAAGGAGUUCAGUGACUGGAUGCUGGUGAGGUAACUCUGAUCACGGUGAGUGAGCAGUCCUCCUGUGGCCUUGGUUCUCCCUGGACCUUCCAGGCUCUGCCUUCAAAUGCCCAUGACAUUGAAGUUCCUUUGAUAGCCUUCCUGGUGGAUUUCCUUCUGACCUUCUUUUUAUACAGGACAACCCCCUUCAGUGACAUAAGAGCUUGGCUAAAGGAAAAUUUAUCGGGGUCAAUAUAAAUAUUCAAGUUCAGAAGCCCCAGAAAACACUUCAAAGAUUUUUAAAUAGCAUUUUGUUGUAACGCGUGUACUUUAAAAAGUCCUUUCAGUCUCACUGAGGUUACAAGAAAGACUGAAGAGCAUAAAGGAAAUUUAAUUAAAAUUUUUGAAUUUAUUAUGGCCUUAAAGACUCUUGGGAAUCAGGGUCUGUUAAACAUUCAGAAAAUGUGGUACACAUAUUAAUAUAGCAUGGCUGGGCAUUCUUCUGUUUGAAAGUUUAAAUUGUUUAGCCUCUCAAAAAUAUCAGGCAGUUACAGUUAACAUGAUGACUGCAUCUGGUAUUAACUAAAUUGGUCCUAAGUGGUAGUAUUUUGCCAGACAUUGAUUAAGUCCUUCUAGGCUACAUUUACUGAACUGCAAUAAACACACAGCUCUUCUGUGGAGUAGUUAACAAUAAAUGCUGUCCUAUUACAUUUCUCCCAGGCUCUGUCCCUUCUAAAAUGCUCCAUCCACUUCUGGAAGGGACACUGAUAAAAUCCUUAAGGUGCAACCUGAAGCCAUUAUCUUCAAUUGAAGAUAAUUUCAGGAGAUCUUUGGUGGUGGUGGUUGUUAUCACAAAGAAACAAAUGUUGACCAAGAAUGACAAGGCACCUUAUCUAGAUUUUCCCUGACUAGUUUCCCCAGUUCCUCUACCAGGUAUGAGGAUGGGGUUUAAUAGGUGUUGAAAGCUCACUGUCCCCAGGGAAUACCAGUGCCAGCCCUGCGUACCUGACCUUCCUUCCAGCCCAAGUCCUUAACAAGGCUGCUUUUAUUGGGAACUUUGUGCAUAGGCCAAGAGGUGGUCAAUUAAAAGUUGCAUAUAUGCACCAUGCAACAUCAAGGGCAUGUAUUAAAAUGAAUAUAAAAUGUAUUAAAAGUGAGGGACUUUUGCACAUCUUCCAAUUAUUGGGUCUUUCCUUGUCUGCCUGUAUGUAGAACUCCAGGAGCCCUGCGUCAGUCACAACUCUUCCAGUGUGUCCUGCCCUAGGUCUCUGAGCCAGACGUUUAAUCAAUCCUGAACUCACCAGUAAUAAUCUGUCAUUGUAGCCAUAGUGUCUGGACAAUGCAAUGCUGAAAUAAUCGUUAGCAUUUUCAAAAUUGGGAAAUAAAAGUAACAGUUUGAAACUA